UUUGUCCCCAGGGUCCUCACUAGGACAAGAUGGCGGAGUUUUGAAAGUGGUGGCUCCUUUGGGCUUUACUCUCCUCGUCUCUUUUGGAUCCUAAAAAGCCCUGGCCAUGGUUUCGUCCUGAUUGGCGCCUUCUGUUUCGUUCCUGUUUCCUAACGUCAUGGAAGCUGCCUCGAAGAAGUCUGUGGAGGCUACCAAGUCAACAGAGUCUUCUGGUGCUGCAGCUCCUCCUGUGGAUGGCACAUCUGCACAAGAUGGGACAGCCAGACUCAGUCUCAAGUCCACAUCUGAUAAAUCAACUUCCGGUUCCUCCAAAGAAACACCGUCUCCCAAGAAGGAGAAAGACAGCCCUGACUUGGAGAAGGGAGAGUGGGAGAUAGUGGAGGGGCUGAAAACAGGGACAACAGUGGAGAAGUCCACUCCCAGCAAGUAUGAGGGAUUCAUGCUGAAGAAACGGAAAUGGCCACUGAAGGGAUGGCACAAGAGAUUCUUUGUCCUGGAGAAAGGGUUCCUGAAAUAUGCCAAGAGACUGCAGUCGGUACAAAGAGGGAAGCUCCAUGGAAGCAUUGAUGUUGGUUUAUCAGUGAUGUCCAUCAUGAAAGAUGCACGGAGGAUAGACCUGGACACUGAGGACAGCAUUUAUCAUCUAAAGACUCCUCCCUUGAUAAGGAACCGUCGUCUGAGCAUGCCCAGGACCAUGUCUCGCAGUAGCAGUGCGCUCGGCCAGGGAAGGGUGGCGGCCUGGCUCAUGGAGUCUGAGGCCAUGGAACAGUGCAAUAAAGAGCUGUCCUCUGUGCAGACCAAGGUUUACCAGUUGAACAGUAUUCUACAGGAGUUACAGCGCCUCCAGUCUUCCCUGGACGACCAGUACAAGUACUUAGAUCUGUCGGUUCCAGAUCUGGCCUCCAAGAAGAAGAGUUGGCGCUUAUCUUUCCGCAAGUCGAAGCACAAGAAAUCCAUGAGCCACGGAGGGAGCAGUACAGCAAGUACAUCCAGUACAGCUAGUGUCAGCAGUAACAGGAACAGUACUGGGGCUAUCACAGGGGCUAUGUUGCCGCCUCCCUCCACCCUUGCCGUAGAGAAGCAGCCUCACCACAUGUCCACCCCCAACAUCUCCUCAGAACUUAAUGGAAAACUUGAAAACGCAAAGAAAGUUUACGUUGCAGAAACCACGCCCACCUCCCCCACCAGCCAGCAGAGGUCGGAGGAGAUGCGACUCAGACAGGAGUUUGUCAAUAAUGCAAAGGAAGUGUACAGCCAGCUGAAGGUGCUGACCUUGACCCUGAGGUCGGAGAGAGACAAGCUCCAGGAUGCCAUGGGGCAGCAGGUACUCAGUCCUGCACACGGUGGACAUGCGGACAGGCUGGGGACAGUUCUAGCACAGGUCCAGGCCCAGAAUGCAGACAUGCGUGCACGGUUGAACAGAAUUGCUCGAGAGGCUGACCUGUCCACAGUACAGACUCCUGGGGGAACUCUGGAUCAGAAGACCCCACUGCUACAGAGGCAGUUCUCCGGUGACGACCACCUGAGUCUCUCCACGGCCGAUUCUGUCACAGAGUUCUUCGAUGCAGAAGAAUUCCUCAUCUCGAGUUCAAGUUCAGAUGGGGAGUCAGAAGAUGAGUCUCUUGUCAGCGGCGAAUCAGAAGAGACGAUGGCAACGGAUGACUCUACCACUACGGCCAUGGGAAGACCUGAGGCUGUUGUAGGGGCAGAGACUGCAGAAGAUCCUGGUAUGAGUCAGACAGGACAUCGUGCCCAGCUGCCCUGCCCUAAACCUGAGACUGGAGACCUCAGCAUCUGGAGUAUCAUGAGGAAGAACAUCGGCAAGGAUCUGUCCAAGGUCUGUAUGCCGGUCACCAUGAACGAACCCCUGAACACGUUACAGCGGCUUGCAGAGGAACUGGAGUAUUCAGAACUACUGGACAAGGCCGCAGAGACCGACAAUCCGUACGAGCGAAUGGCUCUUAUAGCAGCAUUUGCAGUGUCUGGAUACAGUUCUACAUACUACAGGGCAGGCCAGAAACCCUUUAACCCCCUCCUGGGGGAGACGUACGAGUGUGUGAGGGAAGAUAAGGGAUUCAGCUUCAUAGCUGAGCAGGUUAGCCACCACCCUCCCAUCUCAGCCUGCCACUGUAAGGGGGAGAAAUGGGUCUUCUGGCAAGAUGCAAGACUGAAAACCAAGUUCUGGGGAAAGUCCAUGGAGAUUAUACCAAUAGGAACUGUUAAUGUUUCCAUACCAAAGUACAAUGACCAUUACACCUGGAGUAAGGUGACGUCCUGCAUCCACAACAUCAUGACUGGACAGAGGUGGAUGGACCACUACGGGGAGAAGAUCAUCAAAAACAAGGACAUCACCUGUAAACUCAUGUUCCACAAGUACAUCUCUACCAUAACGUGGUGGGCAGAGACUUUCCAACCGCUCAAAUCCGCCAUUGUCGAUCACUUUUUCUCUGACGAUCCGCAAUCAGGGCGGGGUGUUAAACUGCCUGCUAGCUACUGGAGCACACGGUGCCAUGACGUGCUGGGUUCAGUGCUGGAUAAGGAUGGGAAGGAGAUACACCAUCUGUUUGGGAAGUGGCACGAAGGCCUUUGGUGUGGACAUGCUCCCAGUGCAAAGUGUAUAUGGAGACCUGCUGCCCAUGUAAAGUUGACUGAAAACAAGCUCCUCAUGCGAAUGAUGGGCAGCGGGACAGCGAGGUCCUCUAGGAAAGGUUCCAUGCCGGAGGAAUAUGAUCUGUACUAUGGCUUCACCAGGUUUGCUGUGGAGCUGAAUGAACUGACUCCAGACCUGAAGACUGCCCUCCCACCCACCGACACAAGGUUUAGGCCAGACCAAAGGUUGCUGGAGGAAGGUCAGGUGCAGCGAGCGCAGAACGAGAAAGUGCGUCUGGAACAGAUGCAGAGAAUGAGGGAACGAGAGAGAGAAGAGGCGGGCGUGGUCUAUCAACCCAGGUUCUUCAGAAGAUCAAAACAGGAGCAGCACCACCAUGACUCCUGGACGUUUAACAACACGUACUGGGACAUGAGGAAAACACCAGGAUUCUCCAUGACCGAGAACAUGAAACUGUGGUGACAUCAUCACCCUGGCCAGUCAUGUUACAUGUACAUCAUUGUAGAGAACAUGUUACAUCCAGGUCUGUUCACAUGUGACAAUCAGGGUUCAAAAUACAUCCUGCAUACAUCAUUCUACCAGGUGUAGGUAACAUGUAAUGUAUACAGUAUGACAAAUUUUACAUGAUGAUUGCAAAUUUUGUCCGGUGAUGUUACGUCAUUGAAGGGAACAUGUAACAUACAGGACUUAGUUUACAUGUGGACUGUCCAGUCAUGUAACAUCAUUGUAGGGAACAUGUUACAUUCAGGUAUGUUUACAUGUGACAAUCAGGCUAGGGCUAGAAAUACCUUCAUUUGCAUACCUGGUACAGGUAACAUGUAACAUUAACUUAUGACAGAUGCAACUGACAAAUGUUACCUGAUGGUAACAUCUUUUAAUGGUCUGUGAUGUUACAUCAUUGUAAAAAACAUGUUACAUUCAGGUAUGUUAACAUUAUUGUAACAACCAGGGCUCAAAAUAUCUUAUCUGUAUACCUGUUAUAGGUAACAUGUAUGACUACCUUCAACAGAUAAAUGUUAUCUUCCAA